GGGGUUUUAGGGUUUUUCUGCGCUCAGAUUUUACUUUUACUGAUUCUUUCUUUGAAAGAUCGAACACCAUGACUGCUCAGACCCAGGAAGAGAUCCUCGCUGCUCAUCUUGAACAGCAGAAGAUCGAUGUAGGUCUCCCUCCUCUCUGUUGUUCUGAAUUGCACUUUCAAGCUCCUGAAACUUUUCUUGGUGGAACCUGUCUUGAUUAUGCUUGAUCAAUAAUCAAGACACAGUUUAUCU